AUGCCGAGAACUCUGACAAAAGAACAAAGAAUUUUUGUCCUCAAACAAUGGUGGAUAUCAGGAAAAAUAUCACAAACAGUAAAUGCGGCUUUUCGAAAUGAAUUUCCUGACGAAAAAGUUCCAACUCGUCAAACAAUGUCUCGACUAGCAAAAAAAUUUGAUGAGACAGGUUCUAUCGAAGAUGAACCACGAAGUGGCCGACCAAUAACAAUUAGGACAGGAGAAAAUAGGCAACUUGUAUCUCAAACUUUUCUUUUGAAUCCACGAACAUCACAAAAGCGUGCAUCAGAUGAUCUUCAUAUCUCACGCACAAGCUUACAACGUCUUAUGAAAGAUCUAAAUUUAAGAGCAUACAAACCAAGAUUAUUACAAGCCUUAAAUGAAGAUGAUCCUGAUCGGCGAGUUGAAUUUUGUGAAUGGAUCUUAGAUUCAACUCAAGAUGAUCAAACUCUAUUGGAUCAAAUUCUAUGGACAGACGAGACUACGUUCAAAACAAAUGGUCAUGUCAACAGACAUAAUUGUGUUUAUUGGAGCGAUACAAAUCCACAUUUUAUCAUCGAACAAGAGCUCAAUGUACCACAAGUUAUUGUUUGGGGAGGAAUAUGGUCAAACGGGGUUAUCGGACCGUUUUUUUUUGAAGGUAAUGUCACAUCAGAAAAGUACCUUCAGAUGUUGAAGAACAAUAUAAUACCACAACUUCGAGAACAUUCAGCCUUUCAAACAAUGAUCUGGCAGCAAGACGGUGCACCACCUCACUAUGGUCAAAUUGUGCGAGAUUAUUUAGAUGAUACAUUUUUACAAUGGAUUGGUCGUCGAGGAACUGUUGAAUGGCCACCACGGUCUCCGGAUCUUACUCCAUGUGAUUUCUCACUAUGGGGAAUAAUAAAAGAUCGUGUCUAUGCUCAACAACCUCGUGAUGUGAAUCAUCUAAAAUUAUUAAUUGAGCAAGAAUUUACAUCGCUCAAUAAUAACAUCGAAUUAUGCCAAGCAAUCUGUCGUUCUGUAGCAGAUCGUUGUCACAUGUGUAUCAAUACAGAAGGCAAACAAUUUGAACAUUUACUUUAA